AUGGUGAAGAAAGCGGCACCGAAGAAUCCGGCAGCGAAGAAACCGGCAGCGAAGAAACUUGAAUUCGACAAUUCCGUUGCUGAAAUGGCGGUUGAAGCUCCUCGAAGGCGAGGAAGAAGGCCAAAUGCUGUUUCUGAUGAAAUUCCUGUUGCUAAGGAAUCUGUGUCUAUAAAGAAGAACAAAAAGGCUGGCAGUCCGAAAUCAAAAGCAAUUGAGCUUGUAUCUGAAAAAGAACCAAUUGAAGAAGAACAACCUAAUCAACUAGUUUUACAAAAUUCUUCUCUGGUUGACGUUCCACAGCUUGAAUCUCAUCAACUUCAUUCACAAGUUUUGAAAGAAGUUGGCGCUGAUGGCCUGCCUAUCGUGUUUAAUUUUGAUACACAAUGUUCAGGAGGAUCAUUGUGUAAAUUAAUUAAAGACUUCUCUCCUGAUCAAAAGGCAGCUGUUCAAGAGAUAGGGUUUGGAGGAUUGUUAGGCCUUCAAUUAAGUCGAAAAAACACUCAGAUGAUGUACUGGUGCAUCAAGUGCUUUGAUGGUGUGAGUUCUCUGUUUACAAUCAGUGAUUCCAAGCAAUUUGAAAUCACUGAUUAUGAUGUGUACGAUUUGUUUAUGCUCCCCCUUUCUGAGCUGGAGGUUGAAGGGGUUAAACGUGGGCGCAAUUCCACUAAUCCUGAUUUUGAUUUGGAGAUCAAGUGGAGAAAAGAGUUCGGUUUUGAAGAGGUCAAUGCUCAAAUUCCUAUAAGGUUGCUUGAGGACAAGAUUAAAUUGUUGACAGAUGGUGGUGAUCUGUUUAAACAAUUAUUUGUUUUUGUUGCUUUCUCUACAUUUUUUACUCCAACAGCCAAUAGGACUGUAGAUUUGAGAUUGGCUAAGGCUUUGGAAGAUCCUAAAAUGAUUUCCAAAUACAAUUGGUGUAAAUACGUUCUUGACGUAUUAUGUGAGGAAACAGUGAAAUUUAAAAAUUGUUUAUUGAAAGGAAAAGAUCAAAAGACAUUUGGAGGCUGUGUUGUGUUUUUGCAACUUGUGUAUUUUCAGAGGAUUAAGUUUAGGAAUUCCAGUGGUAUUCCUGAUCAAUUACCUCUUAUUCAGCAUUGGACAUCGAAGAUGGUAACCGAUCGGAUUCAUGCUGAAAAUGCCAAUAUGAGUGCAUUAUAUGGCUCUGGUAUAUUGGAGAAGGAGAAGUAUCCAAUUUCCAAAAAGUUUGUUUUUGUUGAUGGUCAAAUAGAUUUGACCCAAAUCAAAUAUAUUUCGAAAGAAAAUGAAGCUGGCAGCAGUGGGGGAAGAGCUGAAUAG